AUGUCCGGAGCAAAGGCUGCGCUGAAAGCCAUCGGCGCCGCCAUCAAGGCCCAAAAAUAUGAGGAUGCUGUUCAACAAGCUCAGACACUGCUAGCAUCAGACCCCAAGAGCUAUCAGGCAAAUAUUUUCCUAGGCUUCGCAUUGAGCAAACAAAACAAUUACACCGACGCAGAAAAAGCUUACGAUUCGGCAACAAAGAUAAAAGAAUCGGAUCCCCAAGCAUGGCAAGGUCUUAUACAGGUGUACGAAAAGCAGGGCGGCGAGGCAGUGGGCCGGUAUCAGGUGGCAGUCUUAAAAUUGGCGGCGAUAUACCAGGCGCUGGACGACAAAUACAAGUGUCAAGUUCUCGUGGACAAGUUUCUUAGUUUCGCGAAGACUCAAGGCACACGCUUGCAUUACAAGAAGUCUCAAGAGAUAAUAUUGCCCGGUUCCCCAAUAUAUGACUAUCUCGAAGGCAGAGUGCCCCACCCCGCCCACACAUAUCAAAUAAUCACCCAGAUCACUGAAUUCGACGAGAAGGAGCGCAUAAAUAAGGAAAUUGGCGAGCGAAGGACUAGGCUUGGAGCUAAAGUUGGCCAAGUUACUCUCGAGGUCAAGCGGGAGGUUUUCAAGCACAGUGAUCUGGAAGACCUUUACACCAAAGUUAUAGACUGGAGCAAUGAUGAUGAAAUUCGUCGUCAAUACGAAGAAAAGCUUGUCCAAAGAUGCCUCGAUGUUAUGACAGCUCUCCCACCGGGAGAAGAGAAGUCCCAAAAGUGCGCCAGGGUCAUGAAACUAGCCACCGACAUGGUCAUCAUAAAACAUCCCUACAAGUUAGCUUGGGACAUCGCAAUCGAGUGGAAAGAUCCAGAGAAUAUUGGUGAUCUGGAUCCAAAUAUUCUGCGUGAGUAUUACGCGUUUUUCCCAACCAGCGGUCUUGGCCAGAUUUUGCGUGGAUUUAUGACCUGCGAAAUAUCUCCAUUUCCACCCUCUCAGCCUCCUUCUCAGCCGGUUGAGACUGGUACGACAUCGGAUGAAAGUGAAGAUGACGACGAUGAAGGGGGUGGGGUUUAUCUAGCCGAAACAUUCACUGCAGAAGAUCGCUUGGCCUUGAUGUUGGAUGGAAUGUCGGAGUCUGGAAGGUCGAUCAUAGCCCACCGAUUGAUGGGCGAGUAUUAUCAAUUUCUAGAGGAGUAUGAGGGCGCGGUUGAACUCAUGCGUAAUGGGAGACGACUGAUUGCAGAGGAGCGCAACAAAACCGGAUUAAAAUUCGAGCAUUCAUCUGAAUCGAUAACUGCGCUAUUUGGCACGGCACUAGUUUUCUACCAAUCGCCCAAGAAUCAUCCAGAAGCCAAAGCAUUAUUCGACGAGCUACUUGCCCGAAAUCCAGCAUCAACUCCAGCUUUGAUUGGGAUUGGUUUGAUCUACGAAGAGGAAGAAGACUAUCCAGCAGCAAUUGACUUUCUUGGGCGUGCACUGGAAAGAGACCCGAAAAAUACUCGCAUCAAGGCUGAAGCUGGUUGGGUGAAGGCUCUCAACGGGGAUUACGCUCUAGGUAAAAUGGAACUAGAGGAAUGUCUCCCGUUGAUAGAUAUCAAAGAUUCGAGAAUGCGAGAUCUGUAUGCUCAGUGUCAAUAUCGUAUUGGCACAUGCAUCUGGAAUAUUGAUACAUCGAAGUCCGCGCGGAAAGACAGAAACGGUGCAUAUGCUUACUUCUUGGCCGCUUUAAAGAGCAAUCUCAAUUUUGCGCCAGCCUACACAAGCCUUGGGAUAUACUACGCAGACUACGCCAAGGAUAAGAAAAGGUCGCGAAAGUGCUUCCAAAAAGCUUUCGAACUUUCAGCUGCUGAAGUGGAGGCUGCGGAACGGCUGGCAAGGAUAUUUUCAGAGCAGGCCGAAUGGGAACUCGUCGAGGCUGUUGCACAGAGAGUGGUUAACUCUGGGAAAGUCAGACCAGCACCAGGUUCGAAGAAGAAAGGCAUCAGCUGGCCUUUUGCAGCUCUCGGGGUGUCUGAACUAAAUAGGCAGGAUUACGCCAAGAGUAUCGUCUCUUUCCAACACGCACUUAGAAUCGCGCCUACGGAUUACCACUCCUGGGUAGGCCUCGGUGAGAGUUAUCACAAUUCUGGACGCUAUAUUGCGGCCACAAGAGCGUUUCAACAUGCAGAGAAAUUCGAACAUGAAAUAGAGCAGCAAAAAUCUGGCGAGACUUGGUUUGCGAAGUAUAUGCUUGCCAACGUUAAGCGAGAGCUGGGUGACUAUGAUGAGGCAAUCGAAGAAUAUCAAAGCGUUCUCGAGGGGCGACCAGCCGAAUUCGGAGUAUCUAUAGCUCUGAUACAGGCGCUCGUUGACAGUGCUUGGGAUGGUGUUGAUAAAGGUCUUUUUGGACAUGCUGCUAAACGCGCAACCGAAACCAUUGAUGCAGCUAUCAAACUUGCCGAUAGCAGAGCCGAUGUGUUCAAUCUUUGGAAAGCGGUUGGGGAUGCCUGUUCAGUCUUCUCGUGGGUACAAUGUUAUCUCUCAGACUUUCCAGCAGCGAAGAUCAAGCGCUUGCUUCAAGUGAAGGAUCAUAAAGAUGCCUUUACGGUAUUUGCCGAUGUCGAUGGUGUUGGUAUCGAUGUUGUGUUUGCUGAUGGCCUCUUCGCAAAAGAUGAGGAAGAUGGGGUAAACCUCACGCGCUGUCUUCACGGGGCAAUCCUAGCUCAUAAACGAGCAAUAUAUUCCUCCGCAGACGACGUUCACGCCCAAGCUGUUGCAUAUUACAAUUUAGGCUGGGCUGAACAUCGUGCCCAUGUUUGCCUAGGUGGGAGACUAAAGAAGAAAUCGACGAGAUACCUGAAAGCAGCAGUACGAUGUUUCAAGCGGGCCAUCGAAUUGGAAGCUGGAAACUCGGAGUUCUGGAAUGCACUUGGUGUCGUCACCAGCGACCUGAAUCCAAAGGUUGCGCAGCACUCAUUCGUUCGAAGUCUAUUUUUGAACGAGAGAAGCGCACAAACAUGGACGAACUUAGGGACACUGUACCUUCUACAGAAUGACCUUCUUCUUGCAAACGAGGCGUUCACACGAGCUCAAUCGAGCGACCCUGAUUUCGCACACGCCUGGAUUGGCCAAGGACUCCUCGCACUAUUGAUGACAGGUGAUAUCAAUGAAGCACAUCUUCUUUUCACGCAUGCAGUGGAGAUCGCAGAAUCUUCGUCCCUAAUAGCACAGCAACAAUAUGCCCAGUCAACUUUCGACCAGAUCCUCGCAAACUCCAGUGCCUUGAAUGUUACAGAUCUCGUACAGCCGUUAUUUGCUCUAAAUCAGCUUCAGUCGACGGUGCCCAGUGAUCUGGUGUAUCGGCAUCUGUCCACUCUCUUCCUAGAGCGAGUAGAUGAUGUCAAUCCAGCUGUCUCACGGCUGUCCAGAAUCUGCAGUACAGUCGAAGCGGACUAUGAAGUCACCGAGUCACCUUCCUCGUUGUCUCGAUUUGCGUUGGCCAAAGCAGAUCUUGCUCGGCUACAGCUCUCCACAGGAGCGUACACUGCAGCUAUUGACAGCGGCGAGACAGCUUUACAACUCAGCGCCGAAGAUGCCGGAAAUGAACUCUCGGCAGAAGCUCGUCAAAAGUGUAGAUUGUCAGCCCAUCUCACUGUCGGCCUUGCACAAUACUACAAUGACGAACCGGAGACGGCAUUAGAAUACUUCCAGCCCGCACUGGAGGAAUCCGCUGGGAACCCUGACGCCGUGUGUCUCUUAGCCCAGGUCCUAUGGGCAAAAGGAACCGAAGAGUCUCGAGGUAAAAGCCGAGAACUUCUGUUCGAUUGCAUUGAGAGCCAUCCAGACCAUGUGCAAUCCGUAUUGUUACUAGGCAUAAUUGCUCUUCUCGAUCAAGACACCGAAAGCCUUGAAGCCGUUACUUCCACUCUCCAAGAGCUGCGCGCAACACAUACAAUCACGGAGCGCGAACAGGAGCAUGUUAGUGAAGUUCUCCGCGCCAUCGCAGCAUUUUCCGAGGACGAUCCGGAACAAGCAAUGCUUUCUGAGAUCCAAACCGACGUGUUUCUCCAUCCUCAGCAAACGCACGGCUGGGGCCGUUUGGCCGAGUUGAGUUGGGAUGACAACGGAUAUGCUGCAGAUAUGGCGCUGAAUACUGCUAUUAAAGCGGUACCACCCCAUGGUGAAUUGGCUGCUGAGGACCUAUCAAGGGCGUUUGCGGGGACGGGAAAAGUUGGAGAUGCGCAAAAGGCGGUUAUGUUUUCACCUUGGGAACGGAGUGGCUGGGUUGCUUUGGAUGGCGCUUUGGUUACUGCGGAAUGA